AUGCUGGUCUGCUCAUCCUUGGUGUGCUUCCUCCUCUCUGCUUUCGUCUUAGAAGAGCAGAUCCGGAAACGGGUGGAGGAACUUUGGGAUGGAUCCACCACAGACAUGGACCGCGGCUUCUUCAGGAAGGUGGAUGUGCCUGACCACGCCCACUACAUCGUGGCCUUCUUUGUGGCCGUCAUCGGAGCUGUGGGGGUCGCCGGCAACGCGUUGGUCAUGUAUGCUUUUUACAGUAACAAAAAACUGCGGACACCCCCCAACUACUUCAUCAUGAACCUUGCAGUGAGCGACUUCCUCAUGGCCAUCACCCAGUCACCAGUCUUCUUCACCAACUGCCUGUUCAAAGAGUGGGUGUUUGGUGAACUGGGCUGUAAGAUGUAUGCUUUCUGUGGGGCGCUCUUUGGAAUCACCUCCAUGAUUAACCUGCUGGCCAUCUCCAUUGACCGCUACGUCGUCAUCACCAAGCCUCUGCGUGCCAUCCAGUGGACAUCCAAGCGCCGCACCUGUGUGGUCAUUGCCCUUGUGUGGCUCUAUUCCCUGGCAUGGAGUCUAGCACCCCUGUUAGGCUGGAGUUCCUACAUUCCAGAGGGCCUGAUGACAUCUUGCACCUGGGACUACGUCACCUCCACCCCUGCUAAUAAGAGCUACACCCUAAUGCUGUGCUGCUUUGUGUUCUUCGUCCCACUGGGCAUCAUCUCCUAUUGCUACCUUUUCAUGUUUUUAGCCAUUCGCCGGACCAGCAGAGACGUGGAACAGCUGGGGACGCACAUCCGCCAGUCCACCCUCAUUCAGCAGCAGUCCAUCAGGACGGAAUGGAAGCUGGCCAAGAUCGCCUUUGUGGUCAUCAUCGUGUUUGUGCUCUCCUGGUCGCCCUAUGCUUGUGUCACUCUCAUCGCUUGGGCAGGGUAUGGAAGUAUCCUCUCUCCAUAUUCCAAGGCUGUUCCUGCAGUCAUAGCCAAAGCAUCUGCCAUCUACAACCCAUUCAUCUACGCCAUCAUCCACUCCAAAUACAGGGACACCUUGGCGGAGAAGGUGCCCUGUCUCCACUUCUUGUCCCGCCCAGUGCAGAGGAAGUGUUUUUCCAUGUCCAACAGUGAGUCAUCCUUCCAGGAGUCCACGCUCAGUCGACAAUCCUUCAGUUCCAAAACUAAGUUCCGUCGUGUCUCCUCCAUGUCCACAGGUGACACAGUGUGGAGUGAUGUGGAGUUGGACCCUCUGGAGCAGCAAUCUCAGCCAUUUCACAGGACACUGUCCUUCAAUCAGCCCGCUAGCCAGAACAACUCCAGGACCCUCUCCACUGAGGAAAAGACCUCAACCACAGAGAGUGGCUACCUGCGCAGUGGGGAACGCAGCCUUGUGACUGGAUCUGUAGGCUUGGCAACGCUUCCCUUGCUGGUCACAGUGAGGAAGUGCUCCAGUGGGGACUGUAGGGCUUGGGAGCCUUUGGACACACAGACCAAGGCUGGUAGGUAUGAUGAGGAUGGAAAAAGCUUCUCGAAUGUGGAGCUGGAUGGCUUGCCAGAUGCAGGUGUCCCUGGUAUUGUCAUCAAGCCUAUGCUGGAUGGUGUCAUGCUGGAGAAGGGAAUGUGGCAGGAGGAGAAGACAGGGUCACUGAACUGCGAAGCAGGGAAUUUGUUGCUGGACCUGCACAGUGUGAAUGGCUCUAGUGAGAUACUGGAAUCUGUGGAAAGAUUCCUUUGCUAG